GCAAGACAGCUAAUGAAAAGCAUGCUAAUUUACGCAUGGGUUGUGAAAUCCAUCGGAAAGGCACUACAGUUACUGGCACGCUUGGAGGUUUCAUUGAACAUCCAGAAUAUGGACUGUGUGGCAUUAUAUCUGCUCAUGUUGCUUUGCAUCCUGAUGAACUUUACGAAUGUAAAUAUCGAGGCGGCCAUUUGAAACUAAACCACUGGCCAGAAAGGUAUGUCCACGAUAGAGACAUUUACCAGCCUGCAGCGUAUGACGAAUCACAACCGACUGGACAUCUUGUGGAAGCCGUUUACAUUGAAGGUGACAACAUCACAUCUGGGGUGGAUAUAGCCAUUUUCAAAAUAACAGACAGGCUUCCAGUGGAUGGAACAUUCCCAGCGCAGAUUCGAGCUGAACAAAAAGAAGCUACAACCCUGAAAUUCACAAGCGGAAAGACAACAGGCUCCAUUAACACAAGUAACCAUACGCUUUGGAAAUUUGGGAAAACAAGCGGACAAACAAGAGGACAAAUGGAAUUUGUGACACCAUUUGUAAGUGUAAAAGAAAUUCAUUUAAGGUGUAUGGCAGGUGAUUUCCAAGUCAUGCAAAUGAAUUUACAUCAAGUAACAUCAAUUGAUGAAAUACCUUUUGCAUGCCCUGGUGAUUCCGGGGCGUUAGUGUUUCUAGAUAGAGAAGAUCUUGUUUGUGUUGGGGUUAUUGAAGGUGGAUUUGAAGGAGGUGGUCCCGUCUUCGUUUCGCCUAUUAACUCCAUUCUCAAACACUGCAAUGUUACUCAGCUGAAAUCAUUUUACCCAACACAAGGAGAAAUGGCCGCAAGUAUAAGUGAACUGCAAAAACAAAUUACAAAAAAUAACCAACAAUGGCGACAAACUUUAGUGAAAUAUUACGCAAGUUGGAAGAAAUUCAACAAGGUAAAACCACAAACAACAAUGCAAAUCCAGAUCAAUAGGCAAAUCUCAAAAGAAAAAAUAUGACACUGAUACAGAAUGUAAUUUAUCCUAAUCUUUAUUAACCUUAUUCGUCAAAACAAAAAAUGAAGGCGACAUAUGCAAUUCCAUAAUAAGUGUCAUGUCAGUGACGUGAACAAACUCAUCGACUUUGAACAUAAACACUAUGUUUCAUGAAUUAUUUUUAAAGUUUGUAUUAAAACAGUAAGCUAUUACAUUCUAAUUGUUAUGUUCUUUAAUAAAUACAUUGGUAGUGAAACUGUGACAUAAUUAUGAUGGAUGUUUUCAUACCAUACUACAUUAUUGUUUAUUUACAUGAUGUUCAAUAAAUCGUGAUAGCUGUUUUUUAUCAGAUGAAACGUUUUAGAUGCAUAACGGGUGACAACU